CCAACCCUUCUAUCGGCGGUCUGCCAGCUCCAAGCCCCACUGUUCUGCUGCUGUGCUGCGCCCCCAAUAUCUCCAAUGUCUUGCUGCAAUUCUUUUUGCUCGGACGUAGUAUCGGCCAGCGAAAAAUCCAAUUGAUUCUUGAAUCGAGUCGCCUUCCAACCGAUUAGUACAAAGCCAACGUGACAAUAAUCCAACUAUGUGUCUUGGAUAGUGCGUGCAUUUACGUUUUCAUUCAUCGUUCAUCAUCUGGGAAGACAGGCUCUCGCUCUCUCUCUCUCCCUCUCUCUCUCUCUACUGGCAUAUAUGCUGGCAACGUGUGACCCCGAAAGCUGUCCCCGCGCACACACUUUCACUUCUUCCUACUACUCCAAUCCACGACGUCCAGCCACCAACAACAAUACAACGAACAAAUAACCUAGCAUAAACAAAUUAUUGUGCAAUACUACUUAGUUAAAAUUUAACUUAAAAGCAUGUCUGCGCAGGAAAAGGUCAUACGAGUGGGGUCGCGGAAGAGCGAGCUGGCUCUCAUUCAAACCAAACAUGUCAUCGGCCGACUCCAGAAACUGUAUCCCAAGCAGCGGUUCGAGAUACACACCAUGUCGACGUUCGGAGAUCGUGUCCUUAAUGUUUCACUGCCCAAAAUCGGUGAAAAAAGUCUGUUUACCCGCGACCUGGAAGAUGCUCUAAGGAAUGGCGGUGUCGAUUUUGUGGUGCACUCGCUGAAGGAUCUGCCAACGGCUCUACCGACGGGCAUGGCCAUUGGGGCAGUCCUAGAGCGAGAGGAUGCCCGGGAUGCUCUGGUUCUGCGCGAGAACUUCCAGGGCCAUACGAUAGCCUCUCUGCCGCAAGGAAGUGUGAUUGGCACCUCUUCGCUGCGACGCACCGCACAGAUACGACGGCUGUAUCCCCAUUUAAUCGUUUGCGAUAUCCGUGGGAAUCUGAACACGCGCCUGGCGAAACUUGAUGCCGCCGACUCAAGGUUCGCGGGAAUUAUCCUCGCCCAGGCGGGUCUUGUGCGGAUGGGAUGGAUGAGCCGCAUCAGCCAGGUGCUGGAGCCCACCGAUCUCCUGUAUGCCGUCGGACAGGGCGCCCUGGCCGUCGAGUGUCGCGCAAACGAUGUCCAAGUGCUGGCGAUGCUGCAGAAACUCAUGUGCCUGAACACCACAUGUCGCAUUCUGGCGGAGCGGAGCUUCCUCAAGACAUUGGGUGGCGGUUGCUCUGCCCCGGUGGCUGUUUGGAGCAAUCUUCAGGGCGAACCCCUGAACGCCAACAGCCAGGAUGUGGGCCUGUCCCUCACGGGCGCUGUCUGGAGUCUGGAUGGUGCCAUUGAGAUCCGUAACCAUCUGUCGUGCGCCUUGAGCGAGAAGCCAACGGGGAAACGCGGAGCGCAGCAGCAGCUGCAGGAGCAGCAGGAAAACAGCAGCAGCUGCGACUCCCCGCCGGCCUGCAAGCGACCAAGGAAUGGGAACUGCAGCUCGGGCUCGGGCUCUGGCUCCUCCGAUUCCAACUCGAAUUCUAGUAGUCCACCCCGCCCGCAGGGUAGUCCCCCGGUGAUCUGUGAGGAUGUGGCCGCCUGCGAGGCUCUGGCGGGGUACAGCGUGGAGCAGCUGACGGAUCUGGCCAGCCAGUGCCCUGUUCUGAGCAACAACAACACUCUGGGCGCCAGCGGAGAUGCAGGUGGAGGUGAUGCCGACACCACCAAUGCCAAUCGGUGUCCGAUGCAGAGGGAUGUGAUCUCUCAUUCGGGGGGCGAUGCAGCAGGAGAUUCAGAUACAUCUUCCAAUGUCAACCCGACCCCCCACUGUCCCCUGCAGAUGCCAGUGGGCGUGGACUUUAUGGGCGAGUGCCCCUACGUGAAUAAUGAGACGAAGAUCUCGUAUGCCAAGGCCGGCAAGUGUCCAGUGACCCAUGCAGCAGCCGGGGCCGUACCUGCUCAACCGAUUCUUCCCACUCCGCCGAGCAGUCGGGCCAGCAUUGGCAGCAGCAUCGGUGACGAGGUGGACAAUGUGGCAACGGUGUCUUCCAAGUGCCCCUUCGCGGCCAUGCAUCAGGGCAGUGGCCUCGAGGCGCCACCCAAAGAGAGCGGAGCCCCGGCCAAGUGCCCGUUCCUCCAGAAGACGGUGCAAAUGUUCGACUACGCGGACGAGGAGCAGCCCAAGCCCCAGACGGUGCUCAUUGAGGACGUGGACAAUCUCUUCUGCGGCCUCUACCAGCAUCCAUGCUACAGCCGACAGGUGUACGAGCGAGCGAAUCUGCUGGGCAAGAACCUCGCCGAGGAGCUGAUCAAAAAGGGAGCCCUCGAUGUGAUGAAGAUCGCCCAGGCAGAGAUCCAUGGCAAGGUGGGGACCACCACGACAUCCUGAAGACGGGACAGCUGGCCUCCCACGUCACCAUUAUCGUUAUCAUCAUUUACAUUAAGUAGAAAAAGUGUAAUUAGAGAAUAUUCUAUGUUGUUUCCAUUUCCACAUCCACAUCCGCAUCCAAAUCCUCUUCUUAGACGUGUUUUUCUUCUGUUUUUUGCUGGGAAAUAUAAUGGAAAUCAAAUGCAAAAACCAA